AUGAUGAUAACUUCAUCACCACCGUCAUCAACUACAUCGUUAACGAUGGUUGGAACAACAUCAGAUUCAUCAAAUAAAACUAUUUCAACCAACAAUAACAAUAAUAAUAAUAGUAGCAACAACAAUAAUAAUAAUAAUGUUUUUGAUACAAAUGGUAAUAGUCCUUCAACGCCACAGUUAGAUAGUAGUUUAUCGUCUUCCACACCAAGCCUGAGUUUCGGUAAGCAAUUCGCCAGCAACUGGAAAUCGUUCGGAGAGUUACUCAACCAGGUGACCAACGAAACAGAAAAUAAAAUUAGAUUAUCUUUUAAUAGUAGUAUAAAAGAUCAAAAGAAUGAUAUUAAUUCUAUUGAGAAAAAAGAUGCAUCAUCAUCUGCAACAACAACAACAGCAACAACAACGACAGCAGUGUCAGAUGAUGAUCCCUUUUCAAUAUUAAAUGAAAAUUAUAUGGAUAUCUUUGGAUUCUUACCAUCGAAAGACGCUUUGGUGUUGGUAGUAUGCAACAAUUGUUCUAAAACAAUCAAACAGUCUAGAUUCGUUUCCCAUUAUGAACGUUGUAUACAAGAUGAAGAUCCAAAACUAAGAAGUUCUUCUUUAUUAUCAAAUGAUUCAAAGAAAAGGAAUUUCCUAAAGAAUGGUAAUAAUAAUAAUAAUAGUGAUAAUAAUAACAACAACAACAAUGGUGUUAAACAAGAGCAGGUUAGUUCACCGGGUUCAGUUGUACCAAUAUCAGCACAAAGAGGUCGUCCUAAAAAGAAAGUUGUUGAUAACACCAACAAUAAUAAUAACAAUAAUAAUAAUAAUAUAAAUAAUAAUAAUAAUAAUGUUAGUACUCCACCACUCAUUGGUAACUCAGAGUCGGUCAAUAACACCAAAAAGCCAGCGACUUCUCUAUCAUCGAGAAAGAGAACAAACGAAGUUUUAAAUAGUAGUAGUAUAAGUAGUGAUGGCGAUACUACAAGUAGAAGCAAUGAUACUUCCAAUAGUGAUUUGGAUAAGAUGGUCGUUGAUAUCGAGGGUCAUACCGAUUCGUAUGAUACUGUACUGGCUUCAAAGUCUCCACUACAACCACAACAACAUCAAGUUGUAGUUGCUUCAACCCCAGACCAAGAUAGCAACAUCAUAAAUAUAAAUCAUAUUGAACAACCACUUGAGCAACAACAACAACAACAAGUGUUGGUUGAAACACAUCUACCACAACAACAACAACUACAACAACAACAACAUGUUCAUUCAAAUCAAAAUAUAGAUAUUAUAAAGGAAAGUGACAAUGAUAAUGUUAAUGUUAAUGUUAAUGACGACGAUGAUGAUGUCAUCAUUGAUAUCCACGAAGAAGAUGAUAAGAUAGAAUCGAUCGUUGCGGCAACGGUGAUCCCUAUCACACUCAUCCCAAUAGCUACACGUUCAUAUUCACGUUGCAAUAAGCUUCGUCGUAUUAUUGUGAGCCUGGACCCAGAGUACAAGGUCACAAGAGCUGCCGUCUUUACGAAUGAAGAAGAUUUCUGUGCGAGUGACGAAGAGCCACCAGCCAGCCCAAUAACUAUCGGACCUUCUAAUACUGCAUCGUCUGCCAUCAAAGGAUCAGUCUAUAACCAUGCGAUUGCCACUUCCUCUGGUAUCGUUCCAAACAACACCCUCAUUGCUGCAGCAACAACAACGGUUGCACCCAUCAUGCCAAUGGCCACCACACCAACACCUCUCAUGACACCAACUAAUAUUGCUCCUAUUAUGCAGCCAACCAUGAUAGCCACCAACCAACUUCAACCCGACAUGUCGACGCUCUCUAACAACGCCAAGCAUCUUGGUGGACUGCCAGCCACAAACAAUCCAAUGAUGCACAAUGGAAUGUUGCCACAACAUACUCCUAUGUUACCGAUUGGUCACGUCGCUAAUCCUCAAGCCAAUAUCAAUAUGGCUACCAAUAACGGUAACAAUACAAAUCCAUUAAAUAAUAGUGGCAUGUCGGUGGAAAUUCCAGGUGGUUCGACCAAUGUAAAUACGUCAUCUUCACAAGUGCCAGCCGUUGCUCCCUCUACCCCUAAGCCACCAAAGAAGAAGAGUUCCAGAAAGAAGACCGAGGAGAAAAAUGAGAACUCAACACCAUCCACAGAGGUAUCAUCUCCAACUUCUUCUUUGGCUGCCUCAUCCGAUUCUGUAUCACUAAAUAGUUCGACUUCGAGAACAAAGAAAAAGUCAUCUAGAAGAGAGAAAGAAAAGGAAAAGGAGAAAGAGAAAGAGAAGGAAAAGAAUGAUAAAGAUAAGGAAAAAGAUAAAGAAAUAGAAAAAGAAAAACCAGAGAAGGAAAGGAGUGAGAAAGAUAAAGAAAAGACAGAGAAGGACAAGGAUAAGGAAAAGGAAAAGGAAAAGUCAGAAAAAGUUAAGAAGGAAAAGGAUGGUGAUUCAAAGGAAAAGGUCAAGACUGAGAAGCAAAAGAAAUCAAAAAAGUCUUCUUCAACAUCAUCAAAAAAGAAAUUGUCGUCUUCUUCAUCUUCACUAGCCUCUUCUUCGCCUAGUGUCCCUACAUCCGCCAACAUAGCUGUUUCUUCACCUCUGCCAACGACCCCAUCCACGCCAAACACUGUUGUAGUGCCAGUUGCUCCGCCAAACGUAGGAGUUGUCGCACCAAAUAUACAACAACAACCAAUGAAUGCAACUCCACUCGUAAACUCAGUACAAAUCCAAAUGCAACAGCAAUCCAUGCCAAUGCAGCAGUCUUCACAACAACCACAACAACAACAACAGUUCACUAAUAUCCAACAAUACCAACAACCACUUCCACAACAAACUUUACAGCAACAACAGCAAAACGGUCAGCAACAGCCACAACAACAAUACCAACUCUAUCAACAGCCAAAUACAACGAAUGUACAAAUCAAACCACUUCCCAUUAACAAUCAACAACCUCAACAAACAAUGAAUCAGCAAUUCAUGCCCCAAUAUCCAGUACAAUACCAACAACAGAACCUCCAACAACCAAUCUAUACACAGAUGAUUCCAAAUGUACAGAAUAACUUCCAACAACAGCAACAGCAACAACAACAACAACAACAACUUAAUCAACAGAACAAACCGAUGCAAUUCCAGCAACAACAAUUCGUACAGCCAACGCAACAACAAUUCAAGCAACCAAUCCAACAAUUUAUAUACGCACAGAACGUCGUCCAGCAACAGUCACCACAGAUGCACCAGCAAUCGGUGGCAAACUAUGCGAUGCCAACCGCGCCCUACCAAUCGAAUCCUGUACAAUACCAACAAAUCAACUCACCACAACAACAACAACAACAACAGCUACUUCAACAACAACUUUUACAACAACAACAGAGUCAACUAAGAACCUCUGCCGGAGGAGGUAUGGUUCAAGUACCAUCAUCACCUCAACAGGCAGUGACACAGCAACAACCCAUAGGAUCACCGGUUGGAAUGAUCAACCAAGCCUCACCAAACCAAAACACCACCUUUACCAAUCCAAUGGCAUUGAAACAGGCACUACAGAACACCAACCUCCAAUAUCAACAACAGGCAGUAGCUCAACAGCAACAGUCAAUCCAGCCUCAGCAAAUGAGAAUCAUACAACCACAAACCAAUCCUCAGCAACCUAUUGAAAUUUUCUUAUAA